GUUUUCUAACAGCAUGGCUCUCGCUGUCGUCCGCCACCCCCUUACAAAAGCUGGGGGAGAAAUUCCUCCCUCUUCCUCACUGGCGCCUUCUCCGCCUCCGAGGCGUUCGCGGGCCACGUGGAGGGCUGACUGGCCCACCGGCUCAGGCGGGGAGUGCUGUUUGCCGAGCUGACCGCCCUGCGGGGAACUUUUCUUCGGAACUGUUUUCAACCCCGUCACAUCCGCUGGGAAGUUACUUGGCGAGUGUCUGGAAGAGAAGACGGCGCGCCCCGCAGUGGUAAGCAAAGUGCUGAGACGCUUGAGCUCCGGAAAGAAACUUUCUUUCUCUGGGCGUCAAGGUAGCUCUUCGCAGGACCUGCAUGCGGGAAGGAGCGCCAUGAAGCUGGGCCGUCCCGGCGCCCUCCUCGCCUCGCACAGCCGCGGCCGCUCUGAGAAGCAGCGCAGGGGCAGGCAGCGGCUCCCUCCUUUCUAAUUGCCUCGGGUUGCGGCGACGGGAUGUCGCGGACGGCUGGCUGUCUCUUGCUGCUGCUCCUGGUGGCCGUGGCCGAGCGCGGCCGGGCUCGCUUCGCCUUCCGCCUCCAAGUGUCUUCUCCGGUGAGCCCCGACGGCGCUCUGGUUCCCACGCCGGUGCUGCUAAAGUCGCGGAGCAGCGGCGGAACCGGCAGCCAGCCGGCGCUCCAGGAAGCCUCGGGCUUGGCCUUAGCGUCGGAUCCCGGCGGCUCCCUCAACUUUAUGGCGAUGGUGGACAAUCUGCAGGGAGACUCGGGACGCGGCUACUAUAUCGAGCUGCUCCUCGGCACCCCGCCGCAGAAGCUAAAUAUUCUUGUCGACACGGGAAGCAGCAAUUUUGCAGUUGCGGGUGCAUCCAAUACAGAUUUGACCUCAUACUUCAAUGCAGAAAAGUCAAGCACAUAUAAAUCACUGGAUGUUGAGGUUACUGUUAAAUACACCCAAGGAAGUUGGACUGGAAUUCUUGGAACAGAUGUUAUUAGAAUGCCUAAAGGAAUCAAUGGCACUUAUGUCAUCAACAUUGCAACCAUUUUUCAAUCUGAAAAUUUCUUUUUAAAAGGCGUUCAGUGGCAAGGGAUCCUUGGUUUGGCGUAUAGUGCAUUGGCUAAGCCUUCAAGUUCUACAGAGACUUUUUUUGAGUCUAUUGUGAAUCAAGCCAAGAUCCCCAACAUUUUUUCCUUGCAGAUGUGUGGAGCUAGUUUGCCUGUUUCUGGAACUGGUACUAAUGGAGGUAGUCUUGUAUUGGGUGGAAUUGAACCAAACCUGUACAAAGGAAAAAUUUGGUAUACACCUAUUAAGAAAGAGUGGUAUUAUCAAGUUGAAAUACUCAAAUUUGAAGUUGGGGGCCAGAACCUUAACUUGGACUGCAAAGAGUACAAUUCAGACAAAGCAAUUGUAGACAGUGGCACAACUCUCUUGCGGCUGCCAGAAAAGGUCUUCAGUGCUGUUGUGGGAGCCAUUAUACAGACCUCUUUGAUCCAAGAAUUCACAUCUGGGUUUUGGAGUGGCACACAGCUCGCUUGCUGGGAUAAAAGUGAAAGUCCUUGGACCCUCUUUCCUAAGAUCUCAAUCUAUCUGAGAGAUGAAAAUUCCAGCCGGUCAUUUCGAAUUACUAUCCUUCCACAGCUUUACAUUCAGCCUGUUCUAGGGAUUGGGCAGAAUCUAGCCUGCUAUCGGUUUGGUAUCUCCUCUUCCUCCAGUGCCUUGGUUAUUGGGGCUACAGUGAUGGAAGGAUUCUAUGUCAUCUUUGAUAGAGCCCAAAAGAGAGUGGGAUUUGCAUUAAGUACUUGUGCUGAAAUGCACGGUUCUCCAGUAUCUGAAAUUGAAGGCCCUUUCAGCACUGAAGAUGCAGCAAGCACUUGCGUAUCAACAAUCUCUCUCCAUGAACCAAUCUUGUGGAUUCUGUCUUACACUCUCAUGAGUGUCUGUGGACUUAUACUUCUCAUACUCAUCAUCUUGCUGCUUCUUCCACCACGGUGUCAUUGCUACGCUGACAGCGACAUUGUAAACGAUGAAUCAUCCUUAGUACGGCAUAGAUGGAAAUGAAGAAUUUGACCAAAUCAUAAGGAAUCCUUUUGUAUUCUGAUAGGGAAAUGAAGGAGGAAUAUUUCCAUUUUCUUCACCCUGAUGUUCUUCAGAUGGGUUGGGACUACAGUCCAGUGCCUCUAUAUCAGCAUGGUUAUAUUAGCUGAAAUUUACAGGAGGAGGAGGUUGAACACAUCUGCAGGGCACAAGAUUAGGGUAUUUUAGCCAAAGGUGACAGUCCAGGCUUCACUCUGUAGAAGUGGUACAGUCAAUCACCAAAUCAUCUCCAAUUCCCUUGUAACAUAAAUUUAAUUCUUUAACAAUGAAUUAUUUUAGCCAUGUUAAUAUAUAAUCAUUUCAAAUGCUACUCUGUUGUUUGCAGUUGAGCCAGUUAGUACACUUAAAAAAAAAAAAGCUAAAACUUUAUUUCAUAGUUCCAAGAAGGUUGUCAUCUCCACAAAACAAAAACCUAAAAAGUACUCUUUUGAUAAGCCAUUCAUCAGACUUGCCAUAAAGAACAGAAAUAUUUCUUGCUCUUUGAUUAAUAUUUUUUUCCAUUAAAAAUAUCUGUUCCUUGGUGAAUCAUAUCUUCAUCAGUGAUUGGUGGAAAGGGAGAUCAGUCAUUAAGCAGGAAGAAAGCAAGGCAGACUAAAAAAAUGUGUUUUUUUUCCUCUUUUAAAUAGAGCGUCUGUUCCUUUCAAUGGUCUACUCUGUGAUUCUUAGAAAAGAUGAAGCAGGGGAAAACACACAAACCAAACCCAUUGUGCAACUUUAAUAUGGAACAAGACUGCCUCUUUACAGGGAUUCAAUUCACCAGUAAGAUGUAGGUAGAUCUGGUGGACAUAGAUGCAGAUCCCUUUCCACCCGCAUACAGCACAACUGGAACAGCCCUUUAAAGCUUUUCUCCCCCUACCCGCCCAGCCCAGCUCAUGACAUUUUAGCAUUUACAAUUUUACCACCCACAUAAGCGUCCUGGUUUUUCUGAAUUCAUGCAUAAAUGAUCUUUGAAAGAGUUCUUUGAGCCUUUGUACAUACAGUAUAUCCUGCAAAAACAGCAUGGUUAAAAAGCAAAGCCAGUCUCUCCCUCCCUCCCUCCCUCUUUGCACCUUGUGGAGGCUCUAAUGACUGGAAAUCAAACUUGCAACAAUCCAAUUGAAGGGGAAUUUCUUCACUUAAAUGACUCAACUGUGACCUAGGCUGGGAAAGGUGAAGACCCUUUCCAUGAAUAAUUGAACAAUUAAUUAGUUAACAAUGAUAUUUUUUUAUUGACUACCAUUUCAGCAUAUAACAAAUACAAUGCUAGCAGGAACUUAUUUAAAUAUUUUUGCCUACACUAACACUCCUUUGUCUUUGCAUUGCCAUGUGUACUUGUACCAGUAGGCCUUCACAGUACAUGAACUUGCAUUUAGAACAAUGCUCAUGAAUGUGAGUCUUAACUUAAAAACUGUCAUACUAGAAACGUCCUGAGGUUGGUUAGUGUUACUCACUUCUCCAGAUUCAUUUCCUUGUACAUGAAGAAACCAGUUUUGAAGAAGUGGACUAUUUUUACUGCAAAGAAGUACCAGUAGUUUUCCUUCCUCAAAAUAGUGAUUAUUGCAAAAAAAAAAAAAAGAUUUGUAACACAAUCCAAAAUCAGAUUAUGAUCAAAAUUGCAUUUAUUCAGUUCUUUUGUAAUUACUUUUUUAAAAAAUGUACUAAACAGCAGGGCCUGAUCAUAGGGUAAGGAAUAAGCUGUUAUCUCCAUGAGGGACAGCAAAAGCCCUGGCAAUUUACAGACUAGCUAUGCUGAUUUUGAAGGAAAAAAUAAUGCAGUGACAAAUGUGGUGUUCUCAGAUUACUCUCGAAUGGCUUUGCAGACCUUUUAUUGGUGCCUAUUAACUCUCUUUUGGAAUGUCUUUGGGCUGGAAUGCCAUAAAUGCAAAUACUUGAAAACAAUAAGAAAGAGGGACACUGUGUGAGCUUUUAAAAAGCUUCUAAAAGCUUUGUCGCUGAAAUAUUGCUAACAAAGACUCUACUCUCUGACAUUUGCUUGUAGCGCAACUCCCACCCAUCCAUCUAAACCGAGAGGAAGGGUGGCAGCUGGGUAAGUGUCACUGUGGCUCAAGCAGCAGGAGAUGCUGGGCAAUGGUGGGCCAAGGUCCAUUUUUAAACUCAGAACACACUGCAAGUGUAACAUGGAAGGUGAAGGGCCAUGAGGUCUCAAACAUUUCAACUGACAUUUUCCUUAUCAUAAAGGUUAUUUAUACCUGUAAAUAAACUUUUGUGUAGAACUUUCUAUAAGCAAGUUGACUGAUUAGUUAAGGACAGGUUUUGUUUAAUGCAUUACCCGUUACUUUUACAAAAGGUGCUUUCCACAAGAAACACAAGAAUUAAGCUAUUCUUAAUCUUCAGUCCAGUGGAAACAAGAAGUAGGCUCAAAUCAAAGCACAAAGGGGAUCCAGUGUAAGAGUUAAGAUGAUUGACAACCCCCAUGCGGGGAAAGACUACUACUAGACUAGUACUUUAGACUGCAGGUGGGGGAGCAAGCACAAAUGAGCUCCUUUCAAAGUUGCAUUUUCAGCACCAGCUUGUCAGGUGAGACUAAAAUCUUCAUUUGGUUUUGAUGGAUAUUUCUCCCAGCUAUCUGAAAUGGUUCUAUCUAGAUCUCAUGGACUGAUCUGAUUAUAUAAGAUACAGUACCCAACGCAUUUAUAUUCUGUCGUGAAGAGUUUGUGGUGAUCUGAACUUUGGUGCAGAACAAUUUGUAACAAAAUUUCCAUAAUAUUUAAAUUUAUAAAAAUGCUCUUCACCCCUUG